UUGGGAUGAUAUGCACUCGUAUAUGCUCAUGAUAAUAGUAGGUGAAAACGGAAGGUGGUAAUUUUCUUAUGACAAAUUUUAAAAAAAAAAUCAGAGACAAUGAUAAAAUGUUACUCCAUGGAUGAGUAGAGAUGCACACAAUUUCCACCAUUUCCCGCCACAACGGAUAAUCAAAAACAUGACUUAUCAUCGUAGUUCCAAAACCACCAGAUCUCAAAACCUUCAUCCGUCAAUGGCGAAACUUCAGUUGAAGCUCGCACGCAUCAUUUCUCGUCAAGAUCAGCUCAAAAUUUCAUUCAAUCACCUCAAAUCUCAAAUCAAAUUCGGUUUACUCGAGGCUGAAGAUGUAUUCAGUUCGUUGGCGGUUCCGUUGAUAAAACUAGUAGGUUUGAAAACCGCUGAAAUGGCGGAAGAAGGACGAUCAAGCACUAUUUGUAUGAAGAUCAGCUCGCCGCCUCAAAGUGAAUUUGAAGAUAUGACUAGAGUGGACAUGCGUACGUCAUUGUCACCUGCUGAGAGGGAAUCUGAUAUUCGUAGAUUGGAGGAAGACUAUGCAAAUAGUGCGCUCAUGGCAGGGAAAGAGCUCAUCCUCAAACAAAAAUCACAGCUUAUACAACUAGUUCAGCUUCUCAAACAAGUUGAGAGUUGUGUCAAUUCAAGUCAGAAAAACAUGUUUCAGACCAUUGAUGACCACAGGGACCAUAUCCACACUUUUUUUAAACAAGUUGUCACUUAUGUAUCUGUUAUUCAACAAUCAAGCCAUGAUGGUCAAGCGUUUAAUAUUACACUUAAGGUCCUAAAAGCUAUUUAUGAUCAUGUCUGUAACGUUCUCAGCUCGGUGGAGGGUGGGGUGGACAAUCUCAUCAACAAGUUAACUGAACAAAUGUGUCAGCCGAUGAUUGAGUAUGUUAAAACCUUUAAGUCUGAAAUGACAACUGGCACAUGCCCUCGUUUAUUGGUUGCAUUGGAGGAUAUGAGAGGAGUGGCAAGGGAUGGGAGAGUGGAAUUGGAACAAGCAAGAAAACAAGUUAAAGUUGCAGAAGAAAGGAAGCUUGAAGCAUUGAGCAUGCUGAAAGAAUCAGAAGAACGCAUAAAGAAAAUGAAACAGUACUUGAAUUUGUUCAUCAAUGACAAAAAGGAAUCUGCUACUCAUUCUGCCGAGAACAAAUUAUUAACACCUCCGGAGGAUCAAACUAAAGAGGACAAAUUGCUAUGGGAACUACUGAAAAAGAAACGUAUACGCCAACAACCUGAGAGCCCAUUCGGACCAAAAGAACUUCUUCCAUUAGGAACCAGUACCAAACACCACAAACCAACAAGGGGAAAACAAUCCAUCACUCUCAUACCUAAAACAAGAGCCUACGGGAAAGUGAAUACACACUCCUUGAAGUCCUUCCUCCCAUUGGGCUCAUCUCCUCCUGUAACUAAAAACCAAGUUUCCCUGUAUAAAAGGUAAAUCUCUUAUUUUAUGCAAGGUUACAAGUGAAUAGAGCAAGUUUGAAAAUAUGAAAUCAUGUUUUUUAGUUGCUACCAAUGAACUAUAAUUUCAUAGUUUUUUUAUGAUAAUGAUGGAUGAAUGCUUGGAUUUGUA